GCCUUGGCGCUGCCGCGAUAAGCGCAGCGCUGGAAACCGGCUCGUAGCGCGAACGCUAGUUAUUGCAGUGUCGUUCCACGUGCCAUACAAACGCCGUAAAAAUGGCUCACGCGCUAAAGAAUUUAUCAGUUCAAGUGCUUAAAAACAACAAUGUUGAAGCCAUCGGCGCAGCCGCGGUGAGAGCCAGCCACUGGUGGAGCCAAGUGCAGAUGGGCCCGCCUGACGUGAUCCUGGGCAUCACGGAGGCCUACAAGCGAGACACGGACAGCAGGAAGGUGAACCUCGGCGUCGGCGCCUACCGCGACGACAACGGACAGCCCUUUGUGCUGCCUUCCGUUAAGAAAGCCGAGGAAGUACUCUACGGCAAAGGCCUGAACCACGAAUACGCACCAAUCGGCGGAGAGGCGAGCUACACGGACGCCGUGGCUAAGUUAGCCUUCGGUGACAACAGCCCCGUCUUGGCUGACAAGUCCAACGCCACCGUACAGACCCUGUCCGGAACCGGCGCGCUGCGGCUCGGCUUCGAGUUCCUCGUCAAACACUACGGCGACAAGGAAGUGUGGAUGCCCAACCCCACGUGGGGCAAUCACCCCCAGAUCUGCAACACCCUCAAGAUCAACCACAAGAAGUACCGCUACUACGACCCUAAGACCUGCGGACUGGACUUCCAGGGUGCCCUUGAAGAUAUCAACAAAAUCCCCGACGGCUCGGUCAUCCUGCUCCACGCGUGCGCCCACAACCCCACCGGUGUCGACCCCAACAAAGAACAAUGGAAAGAGCUUUCUCAGCUGAUCAAGAAGAAACACCUGUUCCCGUUCUUCGACAUGGCGUACCAGGGCUUCGCGACGGGCGAUGUGAACAACGACGCCUUCGCCGUGCGCCAGUUCGUGCAGGACGGACACCAGGUCAUGCUGGCACAGAGCUUCGCUAAGAACAUGGGCUUAUACGGCGAGCGCGCUGGCGCCCUAACUAUUUGUUGUGGCGACGAGAACACCGCCAAGAUCAUUAUGUCGCAGCUCAAGAUUAUGAUCCGCGUCAUGUACUCCAACCCUCCCCUGUAUGGCGCCCGCAUCGUGCAGACCAUCCUUAACGACCAGAAACUCAAGGAUUUGUGGUUGAAGGACGUGAAGCUGAUGGCGGACCGCAUCAUCACGAUGCGCGCGGAGCUCCGCGCGGGCGUGGAGGGCGCCGGCUCCAAGCUGCCCUGGCAACACGUCACCGACCAGAUCGGCAUGUUCUGCUUCACCGGCCUCAAGCCCGAACAGGUAGAGAAGCUGACCAGCGACCACCACAUCUACCUCACCAAGGACGGCCGCAUCUCCGUCGCCGGCCUCUCCAACAAGAACGUGCACUACGUCGCCGAGGCCAUCCACAAAGUUACCUCCUAAGCAUAUCACCUUACCACAUGCCUUUACUACAGCGCUCACAGAUAUAAGUUACACCUUUAAUUCAGGAGCGAAUAGAGGUAGGGCGCAGCUUAGUACCCUUUUAUAAUGUCAGUGUCAAGAUCCGUCGAGUCCCACGGGCACAUUAUGGGUCAAGAAUAGCCGGGUCCAUACAGAGUGAGCAUACGCGCGAGGCAAUUUCCUCGCGCACAAAACGGCCAGUGUAGACGUGCCUCGGCCGAGGCGGCGCGCGCGAGGCACGUCUAAAAAUGUCGCUACAACACGCGCGAGGCACGUCCACACUGGCCGUUUUGUGCGCGAGGAAAUUGCCUCGCGCGUAUGUUCGCUCUGUGUGGAUCCGGCUAUCGACAAUCAAAUUUCACUUCUAAAAUUAAAACCCUAAGGUAGUUUUUUGGCUGGCAAAUUAAGACCCCUGAGACCUCAGGGGUUAAGGUUCCGAUUUAGACAACAAGAUGGCAGAACCUCUAACGCUUAAGGAACUUAAACUUUAGAGGGCAGCCGGGUUAGCACAUGAUUGGCUCGACAGUAUCUCGCCGCGAGAUAGACUACCCGUCCCUCUUUAAUUAUUGCAGUUAGAAAAAGACGGGCAGUCUAUCUCGCGGCGAGAUACUGUCGCGCCAAUCAUGUGCUUGGCCUACAGCACUUGCUUUGUUUACUUUUUAAAUAAUAAAGUUGCAUGUCCUCCAAUGUGCACUAAUUUGACUAAAAGGAAUUUUAUUGUAACUUAUAUAUGUGUAAGUGCUGUAAUGAGGUCCGAAUAGGUAGUGCGAUAUUAUGUACAUAGUAAGUGAACAGUGAAAUGUGAAACGCGAUAAUGAUUACUUUGAAAUUCGUGGUUGUGGUAGUUUGUAAUAGUUGUUUUGUUAUCAACCGGCAUCGAGGAAAGGUUCCCAGUUUGAGAACCGAUGCUUUUGUUGAAUUUAAUGAAAACUUACAAAUGGUAUCCUGUACUCAACCUUUUUUAUGAGGGCCGCAAAGACGAUUUUGCCUUGUAGCACAGAACAAGUUGCCGUUGUAGGUACCGUACAGAAAGAACACUUUUUACAAACCCGAAAUUCGACAGCGAUUCAAGGAUGAAUCAUGCUGUCCCUUUCUAAUGUACGGCACUAUUCCUUUCGGCUAUUUAGGGUUGUCAAAAUUCAAGUCAUUAUCUUAUCUGUGGUCGUACACGCAAAGGCAUGUCAUGCUAUGCCAACCCCAAUAAUUACUCGGAGCAAUGCUGAGCCGAGUUUGCCCGAAAGGAGGAGUGUCUCCCCAGUGCUUAUAGUCCGGGCCGCAAGAUAUAUUUGCUUAAAGGUGACGUCCGGUUGGCAAGGUUAUGUUUAUAUACCAGGAUCACCUGACGGCCCGCAGGUUGAGUACCGCUGGUGUAAUCUAUUUAAAUUAUUAUUAUUGCACUAAAUCUCAGAGAUUUGAAUCAAUCAAUAAGUCUUUUUACAGUUUAUACGAAUACAUAAAAUGGCACUAAAUCUUUUCGGUGACCUUCUUUGCUAUUUACUGCUGAAUUGUAUACAGUACCGAGAGAACACAGUAUUUAUUCAUAUAUUUUCGAUUAAUUUUUGAGAUAUCUAAAACACUCGAGUAUAACUUGAAUGUUAUUCUAUUAUUUGAAUUUGUAUGUUUGUUGUUUAAAAAUAUAAAAA